UAACGUUUAGUGACAAUGUCAAAUUAGAUUACAAAUCACCAUGUUCCACUGUUCUUAAUAAUAAAUAUGUAAAUAAAUUAAAAACAAUUUGAAAAACAACCUAAUACUACAAAAAUCAUGAAUAGAUUUUGAACAGUCUCAUAUUUUUAUGUAAACAAUAUCAUGAAGGGGGCUGUUUAAAGCCACUCCUGUUCAUAAUGGAGGGGAUGACUAAAGAGGAAAGUUACGCUGAGCGACGACAGUUAUUCAAAGAUAUAUGGAUCACAGCAUCCAAUAUGGAUUUAAAAGACAACGAAGUCACGACCAAACCAAGAGUCAUCAAAACCCUCCGCCUUGACGAUAUAGAUAGAUCUAUUGCUGGUAAAAAGAAAAAGGAACGCAUUAAAAACUUGCGAGCAGUUUGCAAUAAAAUUUUAGAAUUUUGCGAUCGACAAGACGCUGACGACAUACUUUAUCAUCAGGUGGUUGAAGACGAUCACUCACCAUGCUCGAAGGAAAUCGAUAGAAAAUCGCGGAAAAACAAAUUAUUGAGAAGAAAGCGUAAAAUUAAAACUCGGCGACAACUUUCGCCACCAGCUGAUACCUUGAACUGUGAAAAAAAAUUAAUUCAUUCUAAUAAAAAAUCAAGACAUACUUCUCCUAUAAAAAAUCCUGCUGUAGAAAAAAACAACAUACAUCUGAGUAGAAAAGUAUAAGUACACAAUUACACAGCUAAAAGAAUUACCAAAGAAAUAAAAAGUAAUAUGCCUCAGUUAUGACGAGAUUCUGAUGUGACAAUCUGUUCAAUGAACUUGAAAGCUAAAAUAAAAAAAUUCCAUCUAUAGCAA